AUGUGUUCCUCUAUUUUACCCCUUCUUCACACUCCCGUCUUUUAUCCUCCUCCCUCUGUUACUUCUACACUUUCUUUCCCCGUUCAUCAUCUUGACAUUUCUAAUUCCUUUAAAUCUUUCUUUACUGCUUCUCAACCUUUCUACAUUUUUCCAUCACCCUCCUUUACUUCUAGGCGUCCCCCUCUUACUUCUUCCAGAACUUCUCCUCCACCCUUCGCCCGUUCUUCCUCCUCUGUCCUCUACAACUACACCAUCCAUACCCUCUUCUUCAUCUUUAUUUUUUCUUCUUCACCUCUACUUCUAAACCUCCCGCACCUCAUCUUUAUUCUUCUACUUCACUUACUACUUCUUUCUUCCAGCCUCCGACCUUUUCUCCUCCUUCUUUCUCUAAUCCUACAUCUCCUCCUUCGUGCUGAUCAUGUUUAUUCUUCUACUCCCCUUACUUCCUCGUUUGCUUCUUCCUCACCCUUCGAUAUUUUCUCCUCCUCCUUUCUCUACUCCUACAUAUCCCCCUUCGUGCUGAUCAUCUUUAUUCUUCUACUUCCCUUACUUCUUCGUUUACUUCUUCCUCACCCUUCGAUAUUUUCUCCUCCUCCUUUCUCUACUCCUAUACCUCCCUCUUCGUGCUGA